CUAAUUCGUAGUUUCUUUUCUUUAUUUAUGUUCAUACCUUGUGGCUUUUUUGUUUUAUUAUUGAAAUUAUAGAUUAUAGCGUGCAAAAUAUUGUAAACGUAAUGCGAUUAACUAUUAAAAGCCAGUGCAAGUGUUUAAUAUAUGAUCAGCAAUUAAGUUGAAAGUGCAUUGAAGCAUGUCGCGUCGCACCUUUGGAACAAAGCAGCAGCAGUGAAAAUUCAACGCGAGACUGCAGGGUGAAAACGGCGCCAUUUUAAGAAGCAAAACAAAGCCAGCAGCAAAAGCAGCAAGCAAAACUUGAAUGCAAUGCAAUUAAAGGCGCAAAAAGCAUAUGCAUAUGCUCAAAUAACAAUUUCAUUAUCGGUGUGCAUAAUCAAUUAACGCUAAAAAAAAAUUACAAAACCUCCGCCCUCGAGUCGAAAUAUGAGCAGUGGCCAAAAUGAGGCAUCAGCAGCAGCAAAAAAGGAAAAGGUUCUCGAAACGCAGCAACGUACACAAGAAUCCGGCAGUGAAAAUGAGGAAACCGACUCUAUUACGGAUCAGUCGAGUCAAUCGAAGUCUACGAAAUCAGCAACACAAUUUAGCGUACAGCGUUCGGAUAUUGAUGGACUGCGCAUGAGAAUCUCGGCCAUAAGGAACCCGCCCGCAUCGCAAGCAGCCGCAACGUCAACGAACGCAGCAACAAGUUUAACAAAUUCGACUCAAGCUCGAAAGGAAGCGUCGACAGUUGAGAAUAUUUCGCGUAAGAAGCUGACAAAGGUGCGCAAGAUGAGCGAGGCUCAGGAGCUGAGCGGCUGUUCGACAGAUGCCAAGGACAGGCAUAGAGACAAAGAGAGGGAGAAAGAUAAAGUCUUAUCAAUUGCAAACACAACCAAAAAGAUAAAAGUCAAACGGAAGAAGAUUGCGCAAAAGAGCAGCAGCAACUUCAUGGCCAAUAACAAUAAUAAUAACAAUAGCAAUGGUAAAACGAAUCGCACGGCUGCAGCUGUAUUUAGCUCCGAUUCGGAUGAUGACUUGCCCUUGAAGAUGCACAUUCAGCGGGCACCGCGUCUGCUGCUAACAGCAAUUGGGGGCAGCCAGGGCGACCAUCAUCACAUGGGCAUCUCCAGCAGCGACAACGAGGAGCUGGUCAAAGCAGCCGACCUGGUCAAGGCGGCCAUUAAGCGUGUCGAAAGCGAUGCCGAGGACAACAGCAGCAUUUCAGCUGGCAUUGCUGCCGCCAAGGUUAAGCAACAGCAUCUGCCCCAAUAUCAAUCCACACUGUUGCAGGACUUUAUGGAGAAGACACAAAUGCUGAAUCACACAGGCAGCACCAACAGCUUAGCCGAUGCAGCAGCUUCAGCUCCAGCUGCAUCGGCAUCUACUAGCAGCAGCAGCAACCUCGCACAACAGCAGCUGUUGCAGCAGCAGCAACAGUUGCAGCAACGCAAGCGACGCGGCCGCCCCAAGAAGCUACAACCAACUGUUGCCGCUGCCAGCGUAGCUCCCCUGCCCGUCGCCGUGCCCACCAUCAAUGAGUCAGCAGAUUCGGGCGUCAUCAGCACCACGCCCUCGCCCAAAAUGCAGCCGGCGGCAAUGGCCAGCGACAAUGCCAAGCCGAAAAUCGAUAUGGCCUAUCUGGAUAAGCGCAUGUAUGCAACAGCGGAACGUGUGCUGUAUCCGCCGCCGCGCAGCAAGCGACGGCAGGGCAACAAGAAGGACAAGAAGGAGGAUGUGCAGGUCGAUCCGCUGUGGCGCAAGAUCGACGUGAACAAGAAGUUUCGCUUGCGCAGCGUCAGCGGCUACAAAAGCGACGGAGGCGGCGGUGGUGGCACAUCGAAUACCAUUUGCAGCAAAAUCCUCGCCGCCAAAAGUGGCUACGUCUCGGACUAUGGCAGCGUGCGGCAUCAGCGGCACAAUCACAAUUCGGGCUACAAAUCGGAUGCCAGUUGCAAGAGCCGCUACAGCAGCCGCAGCUGCGCCAGUCGCAGUCGCAGCCGCAUGAGUCGCGCCAAAAGCUGCGGCUAUCGCAGCGACUGCAAGGAAUCCUCGGGUAAAUCAAGCAAAUCGCUGCGGCGACGUAGACGCGCCUCUAUGCUGCGGAGCGGGCAUGAGCAGGCAGCGAGUGCGCUCAGCGAUGAGCACGAUCAGGAUAUACUGCAGCUGGCGGGGCUCUCGCUUGGCCAGAGCAGCGAGGAGAGCAAUGAAUAUAUUAGCAAGCCGAGUCUCAAGUGUUUGCCCAGCACGAGUGCCAGCAAGAAAUAUGGUGAGAUCAAUCGGUUUGUCACCACUGGACAAUAUUUUAGUGGAGCAGCAAAGGCAACAGCUGGGAGUCUUGCGGCCGGAUCCAGCACGCCGAUAGCGACAGCAGCGGUGGCAGAUAACUUUAUGCAGGGUAAGAUGUUGCUGCAACGCAAGCACUCCAUUAGCCAGGAUACGAUUGUGCCCAGCAAGAGUGCGUGUAAAAUAAAGAGUCGACGCUCGUCGGCGGCCAGCAUGUGCAGCAGCUAUGUGUCGGGCGUGUCGCGGCGACGACGGCAGCGCAGGAAGAGCAUGAGUCAUUCGAAAUCCUUAAACAUUGACUCCAAGCUGCUAACCGAAAUAGACAUCAUUGCAAGCACAUUUCACGCGCGGUGUCGCAUUCAGGAGGAUCGGCUGACAGCGAGCAGCGGCAAGGAGAAAUUGCUAGCCGAGGCGAACAAGCUGCAGGCCACGCUGGCCACUGCACCCAUUGCAGCGACGUUGCCGCUGCUAAAUGGCGGUGGCAGCGGUAGCAGCAACGUAGCCGGCACUGGCAGUGGAGCCACCAAGCCGCUGAAACGCGCACUGAAGAAGCGCAAACUAAACGAACCGCUGAUUGACUUUGCCAUGCUCUCGGCCAGCGCUGGCAAUGCGAAUGGCAUCAGCAAUAGCAACAGCAGCAGCAGCAACGGCGGCGCCAAGCGACGCCAUAAGAAGUCCAGCAGCAACAGCGGUGGCAGCAACAGCUCUAGUCCCGACGAUCAUAAGCUGCCGCUGAAGAAGCGCCAUUAUCUGGUCACAACGGGCGCCGAGGUGUCGGCGUCGGCGUUUGCCAGCAACGGCAAGCUGAAUGCCGAGGCGUGGGCAGCUGCUGCAGCGGCGGCCAAGAGCAGCGUCAAUACCAAGGCCCAGGCGCAGUUCAAUGCCAAGAAACUAACGCCCAAGAAGCGACAUUUGCUGGUCAGCCAGGAGGCCAGUGGCAGCGGCUCCUCGGCAGCGGGCAACGCCUCUCCAUUGCGCAUUGUCGUCGAUAAUAAUUCCAUAAGCGGCGGCAAGCUGCUGGACAUCAGUCCCAGUUCGCUGUGCUCGCUGAAGCAGCAGCGUCGUCAGGGCGCCAAGUCAAAGAACUCCACGGCGGCGAUAGCGGGCGCAGCUGCUCGUGAGCUGCCGCAGCAACUGCAGUCGCCCGCCGGCAGCAACAGCUGCCCGCCGCCGGGCAUCUUUGAGCCGUCGGUGGAACUGGAAAUCCAAAUACCCAUAGCCAAGUUAAACGAGGCGGUUAUCACAAAAUCGGAGGUGGAGUCACCUCUGCUGGCAGCCAUGGACAUCAAGGAGGACGCCAACAAGAAGGAGCAGUGCCAGCGCGUGCUGGAAACGCUGCUGCACAAGACGGGCGGCAAUUUGUUGCUCAAGCGCAAGCGCAAGAAAAUCAAUCGCACCGGCUUUCCCACAGUGAGGCGGAAGAAGCGUAAGGUGAGUGUUGAGCAGACAGCGAAUGCACAGCAGCAACAGUCACAGCCACAGCAACAGCAGCAGCAGCAACUGGAGCAACAGCAACUGCUGCCCGCACGUGAAACCCGCAGCAGCAGCACUCUGGCUGCCGCUGUCACAAUGGAUUGCGAGCGUGUGCCGCAGCCAGGCGAGGCGCGUGAAACAUUUGUGGCUCGCAGCAGCAACCAGCGCACGCCGCGUUUGUCGGUGGUGGCCCUGGAGCGUUUGCAGCGACCCCCAACGCCAGCAAAUAGUGGAGCGGCAGCUCGAGGCAAGCCACGCGGCAGAGGCAGACCCAAGUUGCAAAAGCAGCUGCCACAGCAGCAGCAGCAGCAGCAAGAGCAGCCACAAGAGCCACAGCUAGACCCGCUUCUGGAAGUGCAGCCGGCGAAAAAGCGUGGACGUGCUGCCAAGCAAGCGGAAGUGGCGCUGCCCAGACUGGAGCGAAAGCUGGAGAGUAGCAUUAAGCUGCCUGCGGGCAUUGAUCCCAAUACGAAUUUUAGCUGUAAAAUACGCUUGAAGCGGCGCAAAACGAUGCAGCAACAGGACACAGUGCAGCAACAGGAACAGCCGCAGCAAGAAAAGAAAUCGCAACACCAGCAGCAGCAGCAAAAGUCGCAACAGUUGCAUUUGGAGCCACCCACCAGCGAUGAUCAAGAGCAGAUUGCAGCUGAGGCGGCAGCCAAGCGGCAGCUGCAGCCAGUGCCAGCCAUUGAGCAUGAGCCAUUGCCAGCACACGAGUCCAGCUCGAAUCUGGCCACCGACUAUGCCAGCUGCAGUGAUACCAGCGAGGAUAAAUGCAGCACUGCAUCGCAGCGCAAGCGCACCAAGUUAAAGAAGAACUAUUUGGUGGCAGGACUCUUCUCCAAUUACUACAAGCAGCUGGGAGGUGGGGGUGUAGCAACGACGCCCGCUGCAACUGUUGCCAGCAAGCAGCCAAAUAAGAAAACUGCAGAUGGAGAGCAACAGCAACAACAACAACAGCAGCAGCAGCCACAGCAGGGCAGCUCUUUGCUGCCCCCGCCCACCUAUUGUGAACGUUACUUUAGGAGCACAAUCAUGGACUUUGAAUUGCCUUAUGAUAUUUGGUGGGCCUAUAGCCACGAUAAGUUGCCCACGCGGCAUGUGGUGCCCAGUUGGAACUAUCGCAAGAUACGCACCAAUGUCUAUGCGGAGUCGGUGCGUCCCAAUCUCGCGGGCUUCGAUCAUCCCAACUGCAAUUGCAAGCCCCAGCCGAAUGGCGCCUGCCUGGACAAUUGCCUGAAUCGCAUGGUGUACACAGAGUGUGUGCCCAACAAUUGCCCAGCGGGCGACAAGUGCCGCAAUCAGAAGAUCCAACGACAUGAGGUGGCGCCUGGAGUGGAGCGUUUCAUGACCGCCGACAAGGGCUGGGGUGUGCGCACCAAGUUGCCCAUUGCCAAGGGCACCUACAUACUGGAGUAUGUGGGCGAGGUGGUCACCGAGCGGGAGUUCAAGCAGCGCAUGGCCACCAUUUACCUGAAUGAUACGCAUCACUACUGUCUGCACCUGGAUGGCGGUCUGGUCAUCGAUGGCCAGCGCAUGGGUAGCGAUUGCCGCUUCGUGAAUCACUCGUGUGAGCCCAACUGCGAGAUGCAAAAGUGGAGUGUGAAUGGAUUGUCGCGCAUGGUGCUGUUCGCCAAACGUGCCAUUGAGGAGGGCGAGGAGCUGACCUACGAUUACAAUUUCUCGCUCUUCAAUCCCUCCGAGGGCCAGCCGUGCCGUUGCAAUAUGCCGCAGUGUCGCGGUGUGAUUGGCGGCAAAUCCCAGCGCAUUAAACCGCUGCCCGCGGAACUGAAGACGACGGCAGGUGUGGAGGGCGCCAAUGCUGGCGCUAAGGAUGCCAACGGCAAUCGAAAUGGGCGGCAGCGCAAGCACAAGGCCAAGAAGCACGCACAGCGCCAGCAGCAGGCGGCCAAGGAGGCAAUGGUUGUGGCACGCGUUCAGCAGCUCUCCGAGAAGGAGAAGAAGCUGGUCAAGCAGUGUAAUAUCUUUCUGGUGCGCAACUUCGAGAAGAUUCGUCGUUGCAAAGCCAAACGCGCUGCAGCAAAGGCGCGCGCUGCUGGCUCACCGGCUACGGGUGAGGCUGAUCUGCCUGGACGUCGCCCAUCGACUCCUUCGUCAAGCUCGCUGUUAGCCGCACAAAUCUCAGCUCUCUGCACGCCGCGCAACAUGAAGACACGUGGCCUAACGCAAGCCGUACAGGAUCCAGAGCUGGAGAAGAUGGCCAAAAUGGCUGUAGUAUUCCGCGACAUUUGUAGCGCACUUGAAUCUCCCAAAAUGUCGGAGCUGCUCUCCACAUUGGCCAGCAGCAAGAAAAAGAAGCAGCUGAAAACUGCGCGUCUCGAUUUUAAGACAAUUCAAGCUCAAGUGGAGCAGGGACAUUACAAGACACCACAGGCCUACGAUGAACAGAUGCAGCAGCUGUUCACAGAGGCGCGGCAGCUGCACGGCGACGAUGAGGACAAGUACAAGGCGCUGCAAACGCUGCUGGAAAGCUACAAGCAGCAGAAGGAGGCCAACUACGCGCAGCUGCUGGAAAUAUUGGGCAAGCCGGAGGGGCUGGAAAGCUUUAAGCCCAGGCAGGAGACAGAGGAAGAGGCCAAAGAAGUUCAGCCAGAGGAUCAGAAGCAGCUGCAGCAGCAGAAUGCAAAGGAAACUAAGGAAACAAAUGCAGCUGUGGUUGCAGCCCCAGAGGUGGUGCCGGCCACGGACGAGGAAGAUGUCAUACGCUGCAUUUGUGGUCUGUACAAGGACGAGGGUCUGAUGAUUCAGUGCUCCAAGUGCAUGGUCUGGCAGCAUACCGAGUGCACCAAAGCAGACAUCAAUGCGGAUAACUAUCAGUGUGAACGCUGCGAGCCGCGUGAAGUGGAUCGUGAAAUACCGCUGGAUGAGUACACGGAGGAGGGACAUCGUUACUAUCUAUCUCUGAUGCGUGGCGACCUGCAGGUGCGCCAGGGCGACGCGGUUUACGUGCUGCGCGAUAUACCCAUCAAGGAUAAGACGGGCAAGGUGCUGCCCAGUCAGAAGCAUACGUACGAGACCAUUGGAGCCAUUGACUAUCAAGAGUGCGACAUAUUUCGCGUGGAGCAUCUGUGGAAGAACGAGGCGGGCAAACGCUUCAUAUUCGGUCAUCACUUCCUGCGUCCUCACGAGACCUUCCAUGAGCCAUCGCGUCGUUUCUAUCCCAACGAGGUAGUUCGGGUCUCGCUGUACGAGGUGGUGCCUAUAGAACUAGUGAUUGGGCGCUGUUGGGUGCUGGAUCGCACCACAUUCUGCAAGGGUCGACCCAUGGAGUGCACCGACGAGGAUCAUUGCUACAUAUGUGAGCUGCGUGUGGACAAAACCGCGCGUUUCUUUUCCAAGGCAAAGGCCAAUCAUCCGGCGUGCACUAAGAGCUAUGCGUUUAGAAAGUUUCCGGAGAAACUCAAGAUCUCAAAGAGCUAUGCGCCACAUGAUGUGGACCCAUCGUUGUUGAAGUCGAGGAAGCAAAAGACUGAUUUAGAAGUAGGAGCAACAUCCAUAAAAAUGAGCAGACAGGAGCAGAAAACAAGCCAAGCAACGGGCAGCAACAGGAAACAGCGAAAUGCGAACGCUGGGCAGACAGGAUCAGCAUCCAGUGUAACGGCAUCUCUCACAGAAACCGCUGUUAAAGUUUUAACGCCAGUUGCUCCCAAUGGACAGGUGCUAAAAAAGAAGCGAUCACGCUUGGAGAAUGUUCUAAAUACCAUGAAGCUCAAAUGCCUGGAUGCGCAAACGGCGCAGGAGCAGCCAAUCGAUUUGUCCUACUUGCUAAGUGGACGCGGCGCCCGACAACGCAAAACCAACUGCAGCAGCAGUAACGGCAGCAACAGCAACAGCAGCAGCUCGGCAACGCCGAGCGCCUAGUGGAUGCUAAUAUAUCUCUAUGUAGCCAUGUACAUAAAUAUCGACUUUAGAGGCAUUGCGUACUAUUUAUAUGAAAUGAAAAAGAAAAUGAUAAUACAUAAUUUAGCCUUAGUUCGUAAGUUGUAAAGCGCAUAAAACGGUGAUAGUAGUAAUUCUAGUUUGUAAAUUGUUAUGAACAACUUCUUGAGCAACUUAACAUUAUGUACGAUUAUUAUGAUUAUGAUUAAUGCAAUUAUUUAUACUUGUAUGAUGA